AUGCUUGCUAUCAGCAAGAACCAACGCCGCGGGGACGGCCUAAGCUCGAAGACCGACAUCCUGGACCCGAACCUUCCCGAGAUAAUCACCUGCGGCAUUUGUAGAGAUCCUCGCCUACAAAGCGAUUAUUCGACGGCCCAGCUAGCCGCUCUCAACAAAGCGCUUGACUCUCGGGGGUUGAAAGUUCUUGUGAACCAAAAAGUUGCAAAAUGUAUUGACUGCAGCGGCUCCCCAAAUUUGGAAUACAAGUGUCGGUUCUGCAACGAGUGGAAAGAGAUUGAGUUCUUCGCGCGAAACCAGCGUCUGCUUCUUGAGCCCGCCUGCAAGGACUGCCAGGACAGCUGCCAGGAAUCAGCCCAGCCGGGACCCGCCAACACCAGCCGAAAGAUGAUCGAGGGAAGGCCACUGACCAAAGCCGAGCUGCCCGAUGAGGCGCUCACUCUAAUGGUGAGUCAGAUGAGCAUCGCCCAGCCUAGUGACCCCAAGGUCCUAAUUCCAGGCAAGAAUGUGGCGGAGUACGUCCGGGACCAGCAGGGCGAGGAGGGGUUCGCCACCACCCCAAUCAGGAUCGACACGCUGGAUCAGUGCACUGCGCUGAAACGGAGGGGAAUCAGCGACGAGGAGAAGAUGGCUAUUUUCCAGUUCCAGCGUAAGAUUUGGGACGAGGGGAACGAGAAGCAUGGCAAGAAGAUGGCGUUGAAGCAGCGGUUACUGGAGAAUCCGGAAUUUGCUCUCGAAAGCGAAUUCACCAGCGAGGAGGAGUCUGCUGCGCCGGAUCCGGAUGCCUUCCGGAGGGUCCAGGGCUACCGACCGGUUGAGCGAGAGAGGCCUCAGUCUGCUCCCCCUGCCCCGGCGCCAGCUCCUGAUUCACCCAUUGAAGGUGUUAUGGAUACCUGGGAGUGGCUGUGA